GACGGCCGAUUAACCAACUCCACUCUCUCUCUCUCUCUCUCUCUCCGUAGGUACCAUUUCUCUAGUCUCUGCAGCGACACCCCUCAGUACAACGACAAAAGCUUCACUACUUUCAACUCUCUACUCGCUUAUCCUGCGCCGUCCCCCUUCUAGCAAUGAGGUGGAGAUCCUCCUCCUCCUCCCACCUCCGUCUCUCUCUCCUCUCCAUCUUCUUCUUUCUCUCUCUAACUUGGCUUUCUUCGCCCUUACUCGCUAUUGCCGUAGCGGUCUCCGAUCAGUUCGAUGGUCCCAAUACCACUGAAUCCAGUAAUGUGUCUCGUUCUAGGCCCAGAGAGGACAGCUUCGCCGGCAUAAUUGAUCGAGCUCUCGAGAAAGAGUUCACCGAAAGUGAUCAGACCGAAGCAAAUGAUGCGGGCAGCUUCAACAAUAGUGUUGCCGAACAACAGGCAGUUUUGGAAACUGUAGCUAGAGUUAAGUCCAAGAAAAACGACACGAAGGAGGAAAAGCCAUUUCAGCUUCAUCAUGUUUUCAAUUUGGAUAAUGACCACAGAGCAGAAGAUACCCCUACAUUGAUAGAUCGAAAGGAUAAUGUCUUUAUCAUAUCUAAUUUCAAAUCAAAAUAUCCAGUGCUCCAGUUAGACUUGAGAUUGAUAUCAGAUCUGGUGGUUGUCAUUGUGUCUGCAACUUGUGGUGGCAUCGCAUUUGCUUGUGCUGGACAACCGGUUAUUACCGGAUACCUGCUAGCAGGAUCUGCUGUUGGGCCAGGAGGGUUAAGCUUUGUGAGUGAAAUGGUGCAAGUUGAGACGGUGGCUCAAUUUGGUGUAAUUUUUCUUCUUUUUGCGUUGGGGUUGGAGUUUUCCACAACAAAGCUUCGAGUUGUUCGCGCGGUUGCUAUUCUGGGAGGCUUGCUCCAAAUUUUCUUAUUCAUGUGCUUGUGUGGAGUUAUAGCCUCAUUAUGUGGUGGUAAACUGUCAGAGGGGGUAUUUGUUGGUACAUUUCUGUCAAUGUCCUCGACAGCAGUGGUGUUGAAGUUUUUGAUGGAGAAAAACAGUACCAAUGCCCUUCACGGACAAGUUACCAUUGGCACCCUUAUUUUGCAGGAUUGUGCUGUGGGUUUGCUGUUUGCCUUGCUUCCAGUUCUGGGUGGAACUUCGGGUGUUCUACAAGGAAUAAUAUCCAUGACAAAAUCGUUGGUGGUGUUGAUUUUGUUUCUGGCUGUUUUGUCAAUAUUAUCCCGUACUUGUGUACCGUGGUUCCUUAAACUUAUGAUAAGCCUAUCAUCACAGACCAAUGAACUCUAUCAAUUGGCAGCAGUUGCAUUCUGCCUACUUGUAGCUUGGUGUAGUGAUAAGCUUGGUCUAAGCUUAGAGCUGGGUUCCUUUGCUGCUGGAGUGAUGAUAUCAACAACUGAUCUUGCUCAGCAUACACUUGAACAAGUUGAACCCAUUCGUAAUUUCUUUGCUGCACUUUUUCUUGCUAGCAUUGGGAUGCUGAUACAUGUUCACUUCCUCUGGAACCACGUGGAUAUCUUACUAGCAUCAGUUUUAUUAGUGAUCAUUGUGAAAACAAUUGUUAUUACCAUAGUUGUCAAGGGGUUCAGCUACAACUACAAGACUUCACUUCUUGUUGGAAUGUCUUUGGCACAGAUUGGGGAAUUUGCUUUUGUUCUUCUCAGUCGUGCUUCUAACCUUCAUCUAGUUGAGGGGAAACUUUACCUGCUUCUUCUUGGGACAACAGCUCUUAGUCUGGUUACUACUCCAUUGCUUUUCAAGCUAAUACCUGCUGUGGUACAUCUUGGUGUCCUACUACGCUGGUUCUCCCCUGACAGUCCGAGUGAGAUUGGAUUCAAAGGAGAAAAUCUCCGCUCAGAGAGUGCUAAGCAGCGGAUUGCCUUAAUUACGAAGGAUCUAAUUCAUGAAGGCUAAAUGGAUAUAUAAUUUUGCAGUUUUGCCCAAUAUUUAUGUUAUGCUCUGCCCAAGUUUCUUAUGGUGUGAAAGAGCUCAAAUGUCCCCUUUUUGUCAUACAAAGUGUUCCCGGGUAUUGUUUCUGUUACACAUCUCUGACCCAAAUAGAGCCGAGAAAGCAACUCGAGCCUCAGAAAUGUUGGAGAACAGGAUAGUCGCAAUCUAACUUCAGAAACUACUAACAGAUUGAAGCUUCACCUUCUAGUGAGAUAAUCGUGAUAUUCAACUGUGUGACCUUUCUUUCUUUUUUUAACUUUUUCUUUUUCAAAUGUAAAAUAAUUUCAACUUGUAAUGUAAUUCUGAUUGGUAGAUGUAAUUGUCGCUGUUCUUAUUCAAUGCAUUUGUUCAAAUUGUAGAAAUCGGUUUAUCAAUUCAUGUCACUCAUUUGAAAAUUUGGUGUAUGAAUUAUUUUUUUAUGAAGUAAAGUCAUUUAAUUCA